GUUGGAACCGACGACAUGUCCUUUCUCCACAUCAGAGGGAUUUUACUCACUAUGUCUUUGGCUUCAACUGCGUUGUCGAGCCUGCACCCUGAAUGCGAGUUCAUAUUUCAGCUGGAGAAGGAGAAGCGUCACUGCCUUCAGUACAUCGCAGAGCAGGGCAACAGAAGCACAGAAGGUUGUGGGCCAUUCUGGGAGGCAGUCGCCUGCUGGCCUCAUGCAGCCGUUGGGGAAACAGUCCAAAGAGGUUGUCCUGCCGUCUUUUCCCUCUUCAAAAACAACACAGGUUCAGUGAGCCGUAACUGCACCAGCGGAGGUUGGUCCAGACCUUUCCCAGCAUAUCACAUCGCCUGCAGUGUUGACGAUGACAUACCCGAGACGGAGCAGUCAUACUUUGCCACAGUGAAGCUGAUAUACACCGUCGGCUACAGCAUCUCUCUAGCGGUGCUGGCUGUGGCUGUGUUGAUCCUGUUGCUCUUCAGGAGGCUGCGUUGUGCCAGGAACUUUAUCCACAUCCAGCUUUUCAUCACAUUCAUCCUGAAAGCUGGGGCUGUGUUCAUAAAGGAUGCAACUCUGUUCUCAAGUGAUGACAUCAACCACUGCACCCUUUCCACAUUUGCCUGUAAGGCCUCUGUGGUCUUCUGUCACUACUGUGUAAUGUCCAAUUUUUUCUGGCUGCUGGUGGAGGCGCUUUACCUCAAUUCCCUGCUGCUUUCGUCCUUUUAUCACAGCCUACGAUGCCUCUGGGGCUUCAGCCUGCUGGGAUGGGGUGUACCUGUGCUCUUCAUCGCCCUGUGGAUUGGGUCCAGGGUGUACUUUGAGGACACAGAAUGUUGGGACAUCUACGAGGACUCACCCUAUUGGUGGAUCAUCAAGGGACCAAUUGUUGUGUCUAUUGCGGUGAAUUUCAUUCUCUUCAUGAACAUCAUCAGAAUCCUGAUACAGAAGCUCAAUCCUCGGCUGAUCCACUUCAAUAACUCCUCUCAGUACAGACGCCUGACUAAAUCCACUCUCCUCCUCAUCCCUUUGUUUGGGACUCAUUACAUGGUCUUCAACUUUCUGCCUGACUACUUCAAUGUAAACCUGCGCCUCUGCAUGGAGCUGUGCAUUGGAUCCUUCCAGGGGCUUCUUGUAGCGAUUCUCUACUGCUUCCUCAAUCAAGAGGUCCAAAAAGAGGUCCACAUGCAGUGGCUGAGGUGGCAGGAGCGGAGCUAUGGUGUGGUGUCACCCGCUGCAAAAUGCAGCCAGAUGGACACACCCUUCUAG